AUGAAUAUUAGAUAAUUAGAUAAUAUCAUUUCAUGGCUCCUUUCUAAAUUCAAAUCUUCCCCUUAUAGAUGGAAUGAAUAAUAAGUUCAUGCUUUUUGUGAAUCAGUUGGAUUAUCAUGGGCUGUAUCAAUCAUUACUGUAAAUGACUUUAUGAAUAUUUAGAUUUAAGCUGCCCCAAAAUAAAGAUCAUAUAAUAACUAGGAAUCAUAACCAACUUCUAAUAAAUUAUAAAUACCUUUGUUGGAUGUCUGUACAAGAUAAUAUGAAGAAAUAUUGGAAUUGUGUAAUGCUUAAAGUAUUUAUAAAUUGAUAAGUCAUUCAAUGGAUAUUAAUCUAUAUUAUCAAAUUUAGAAAUUAAAAAUAUGGUCAUUAAUUGUCUUGAAAUAUUAACAUUAUAGAGAGAUGUUAAAGAAACAUUAUGGAUCUAGAUUGUUUUCAUAAUCAAAAUGUAAAAGUUGUACUGCUGAAAUAAGUUGUGCAUGUUAAAUAUUAAGAGGUUUAUUAUAUGAAAUAGAAAUAUACAUUAAAAGUAUAUAUGAACAUCCAAGUACUCAAAGUUAAAAUAGAAGAUGUUCAAUGUAUAUCAGUUCAGAUAUCAUAAAUUUAUUGUUGAAAUCUAUUUCACAUUUACCUUCAUAUGAUUUAUAACCUCUUUUUUGGGACAUGGAUGAUAUUAAUGUUCUAUUACAUGUCAUUAAAUUUCAAGAUUAUUAUUAAUUGCUAUUUUAGAAUUAAAUUGAUGGAUUUAUUUUAUUAAUAUUGGUCAAUCCACCUUUUAAAGGAGAAAAUCUAUUUUUGAAAUGUCUAUUGAUGAGUUAAUCAAACUCUUCUAAUAAGUCUUAAAAUUUAUUAUAUCAAAAUCGAUAAAGUAUGGUCAGAAAUACUAUGUAGACAGCAAGUAAAUAUCAUUAAAUCAAUCAAUUUCUUCAUUUAUUACAUUAUUUAUUACAAAUUCUAAGUUUAGCUGUUUAUAAAAAUUAAGAAUCAUAUACAGAAUGUAAAUAAUUGGGAUAGAGAAAAGUAAGUUAAAUAAGAUGGACAUCUUUAUAUUAUUUCACAAAAGAUACUUAAUUAGGAUAGCUUAAUAGAUAAUCAUCUUUAACAGAAUAAUUUAAGAGAUCAUCAAGAUCUUAUGGGAAUGUUGAAUAAUAAACGAAAAAUAGAAAUAAAACAGAGACAUUAGAUGAAAUUCAAAUGACUAUUAAAGUUACAGAUCAAAGUUUAGAAUAAAUUAAAAAAUAAUUUAGUCAACCUAUCGUUACCCACUCAGCAACAACUUCACCAAAUGUUUAAAGAGAUACUAAUUGGAUCAAAUUUAAAAAUUAAAAUGUUCAAGAAUUUAAUUAUCAAGAUACUCUUCAUAGAGGUAGUUCUAUUAUAAUGUAUAUUUUUAUAAUAAUUCAAGACCAGAUAAUGAUGGUUUACUAUCAGAAUAAGAGAGAGAUAGAUAAAACACAGAAACUCAUGUUUAAAUAGAAGAAGAGAUAUUAUCUGGUGGUAAUGUCAAUCAAUCUUAAGAAGAAUAAUCAUAAUAAUUAUCUAAUUAAGAAGAAGAGCAAUAAGAACUAAAUGAUUAAAUGUAGUAAUCAGUUUCAUUCAUGGCAUAAUCUGUAUUUAUUUAAUAAUCUUAAUAAUUAUAACAAGAAAUUUAAUAAUAAUAAUAAUAAUAGUAAGAUAUGUGCGAAUCUGUUAUUUUAGGUCAACCUAAUGUUAUGUAGCAAUCUGUAAUGAUGUAAUAAUCAACAAUAAUGUAAUAAUCAACUCUAAUGUAAUAAUCAAAUUUACUAGAUAAAUCAAUAUAAAUAUAAUAAAUUAUUGAAUAACAAGAUAAUUAACGAGUAGAGUACUUAUUAUAAAAUAAUUUUUAGAUUUAAUAAUAGAAAUCAUUGAAAGAAUAGAUUUUAAAAAGAAUAGAAAGACUAACACUUCAACCAUCAUUUGAUUUAUUCUAACUAUCUUAAUAAACACAUCUAAAAUUGAAAUGUGAUGAAUAAUAAAAAGUAUAAAAGAUUAUAAAAAUUAGUUGAAAGUUGUUAAUAUUUAAGGAGCAAGUUUUGGUAGAAAUGAAGAUUGCACAUUUGCCUUUACAGAUCAUUCUAAAAUUAGUAGCAAACAUUGUUAAAUUUAUUAUAAAGAGAGUAUAAUUUAUAAUUAAAAAUAAAAGAAGCUUUUUAUUUAGUUGAUGUUGGAUCAAAAGGAGGCACAUUUAUAAAAAUAAAUCAUAAUUUUGUAAUAGAAAGAGAUAUGUCAGUAUAUAUUGGGAAUAGAUUUGCCUUUAAAAUAAUUGAUAUUAAUACAGAGACAGGAUUUUUGGAAGUGAGAUAUGAACAUGAAGGCACUGCAAAACACAAAUAAAUAUAAUUAAAAAGAGGUGAUAAAUUUUUAAUAGGAAGAGAAAGAUCUAAAAAUAAUUUUACAUUUAUGCAUUCAUAGUAAAUUUAAUAUAUUAAACAAUAUAUAGAUGCAAUAGAUUAAUGAGUGCAAAACAUAUGGAAAUUUAUUAUGAUUAUAAUUUUAAGGCUGGAUCAAUUAAAUUGAUGAUAAAUGAUUUAGAGAGCAAAAAUGGAACAUGGUUACGUUUAAGUGAAAAAUAAGUUGUUAGUAGUCCAUUUCAUUUAUAGAAAGGAGUAAAAUUUAAUUUAUCAUUUGAAUUAAUGUUUGAUGUAUUUGAAUUGGUCUGUGAUGUAUGA